CGCCCUCGACGACAACCUUCACGACCGACGAAUCCUCGAGUUCACGCCAAUCGCAACCAUGGCCUCGACAUCUCAGAGCGUUCAGUGCUUCGGCAAGAAGAAGACGGCCACCGCGGUCGCACACUGCAAGGCCGGAAAGGGUCUUGUUAAGGUUAACGGAAAGCCGCUCAACCUGAUCCAGCCAGAGAUCCUCCGCUUCAAGCUGUACGAGCCUCUCCUGAUUGUCGGCCUCGACAAGUUCGCCGGUGUCGACAUCCGCGUCCGCGUCACCGGUGGUGGACACACUUCUCAAAUCUACGCCAUCCGUCAAGCCAUCGCCAAGUCCCUCGUCGCCUACUACCAGAAGUUCGUCGAUGAGUACGCAAAGAACCAACUGAAGGCCGCCUUCGUCGCAUACGACCGUACCCUACUUGUCGCCGACCCGCGCCGCACAGAGCCAAAGAAAUUCGGUGGUCCAGGAGCCCGUGCCAGAUACCAAAAGUCUUACCGUUAAAAUACCUGUAUUGUUGCGUGUGGAGAUGGGGUAUUACGGGAUGGUGGUGCUGGGAUGGAUUGCGCUGGUGUUGGCUUGUGGCUGAGAUGGGCGUAGGAUUCCAUGCAAAAAGAAAUGCAAAGAUUCUACGAUUGAAACUAUGUGCCGCUGAAGAUAGUGCUCGCCGGGAUUAUCACAACUACCACACGUUCGUCAAUCACCUGUGUCAUUCGCCCUGUGAAUCUUCGCCCGGGGAGAUGGAUGUAUGUGUUACAACAGUGAUUUGCGGAAUGUACGAAGUUCAAAUGUACGCGUCC